GCCGGGCCGUCAGCAGAGUGCUGCACGCGUAUGGGAUCGGGAAGGGGCUUCACUCAGCCUUACUCCUGCAGUCUCCCUGAAAUAGCCUUUCACCUUGGUCGCUGUGCUCAACCUUUCUACUUAGUUCCGCGUCCACUUGGAGACCCGAACCGGGUGAUGCGACCCCCAUCCCGCAUAAAGAAAUAAGAGGAACUUCCCUCCUGGAACGGAGCCAGGCGGAGAUCCCAGGUUCUCCUGGGCACACUGGACAUGAAGUAGAGGGAUUUGGAGGGGAAUUUGAAGGGGCGGAGGUAUCCCCCCCAGCGAAUGAGCCCUCGCAACCCCGUCCCAGUCUCGGCGCUGGUAAGAUAAUGGGUGGCUACGGGGCAGCGGGAGCUUCAGCGAGAAAACCGGAGGCGCACUAAAGACACACGGGACUGGAAGGUACCUAUGAGACGCUAUGCUCGGAUCAUCUGGCAUCUGUCCAGCAUCAGGAGCCGCCGUGACACCAAUGUCAAAGGAGGACGGGUCUGUGUCAGAGGCACCAGCAGGGGGCAGUGUGGAACCAGGGGAGCAGCCUUCGCGGGACAGCCGCAAGUUGGAUUGCAUAAUCUGCUAUUGUGCUUACAACCUAAGUGAGAGGCUUCCGCGCAAGCUGUAUUGUGGGCAUACAUUCUGCCAGUCCUGCCUGCGACGACUGGACACUGUCAUUAAUGAACAGCUGUGGAUUCCCUGCCCUCAGUGUCGUCAGAACACACCUUUGCCACGGGGAGGCGCCACUGCGCUCGACCUGGACCUGGCCGCCUUCCUGGGCGUGAAGGCCGAAGCGGAGAACCAGCGCAUCAGCACGCUGCAGGGUGGCGGGAUCCAGCUGGAGCACAAGCCUUCAUUCAUGAAGCAGCCAAUCACGGAACAACCUGCGUCAGCAUGGGCACAUGGGAUGCUAGCGGAGCCCCGCCCCCAGCUGAGCCCCUGCUGCCGGCGAUGCAUGUCCUGCUGCUGGUCAUAAGCGUCACACGCCCGCCCUCCCAAAAACUAAACAUUUAAGAGCAAGAUGUUGUACAAACAGAGCAGCCCAGCUACUGAAUCAACCUUCAGUCCCUGAUCUCCAACCAGCUCCCUACAGGAACUGCCACGUGCACAUGCAUAUGUAAAACAGUCUGUCCCGCAUCCAUUUCCAGGAGCCACAUGCUUUUUUUUGCCAAGGAUGACACGUUACACGAAACCGUGCUUUGUAAACAUUUCAGGCUGCUUUCAAUUCCAGGGAUCACUUGUUUUGAAAACCCUGAGUUAGCGAACUUUAAUCACUGCUGACAUGACCUGGCUUUAAACACUGGACAGUCUUACUGGCUGAUGUCCUGUAAUUGUCCAUGCAGGAACCAGCCAGUGUGGUGACUUGUGUGUUACUUUUGAUAUGACCUUUAUUUUCCUUAAAGCAGGGCAGAUACACAACUAGACCAUGGUAUAAUGACCUGCCCUUAUAAUGCUAACACUGUUGUAUUGUACACUGUUUGAAGUGUAAUUUUAGAAGCAGGGUUCAAAGGAACCCAU